AUGGUAUCUGAUAGAUCCGAUCGAUCGGAUGCGUCCUCAGUGGACGAUGAAACAACAGAAGUCUAUAUUUGUGUUGCUUGUGAGAAGUCUGAUGGGCCCGAUGACUUCGUGGCCUGCGACAAGUGUGACAAAUGGUGGCAUUUUUCGUGCGCUGGAGUCGAUGGAACUGUAGCAAACAAAGACUGGAUUUGCCCGCGAUGUUUACCAUCACCUGUAACAGCUUCGAUACGAUCGACUACGUCGAGUCGGAGGGCAGAUUUGCAACGCAAACGCCUCGUUGAACAGCAGGAACUGGAGAAGAAACAGCUGGAGUUGGAAAGGAAGCAGCUGGCGCUGCAAAAGAAGCACUCACAGGAGAAAUACGAUCUGGAGGAGUCGCUUGCGGAAUACGCGGACAACCGCAGUGUAAAGAGCCGUGUGAUCGAGAUCGAAGCUCGAGAACGCGAAAAGCAAGUUCAAGAUUGGGUUGACAAGCAUACCUCCGCGAAGCAGAAAUCCACCGUAAAAUCUUCCGAUACCACGAAGCUUCAUCCAACUCUACCAAACGGCAGCGGUAUUCCGUCCAGGAAUGAUGGAGCUGAAGAUCAAGGUCUACUUGAAGAAGCUACUAACGCAGGAACGCUGCCAGAUGAUAGUUCGCUACAACAGUUUCUGAAGAAUCGGAUACUAGUUCAAAAACAACAGAAACGGCCAGCUCCUCAUGGAAACUGA